AUGUUUCUUCUUUCUCUCUCAUUCUUUCUUGCAGAGACAUUUUUAAAAGCCUGGACUGUUAGAAGGAUGAAACAACAUCAACUACCUUUCAUUGUUACUCGUUUGUUAUCUAAAUCUAGUUCGGCAAAGAUGUUAUAUUUGAAAACCCAGGUCAGAUCGAUCAAAACUAGCCCAGCCAUUUUGUCUGCGAUCUAUACUUCCGUAUAUGUUUCUAUCACCAAUCUCCCUUAUAUCACAUUUUCAAUUUCUUUUUCUUCUUUCUUUUUUCUUUCUUUCUUUCUUUCUUUCUUUCUUUCUUUCUUUAUUUCUUAUUUACUUCACCUCUUUAGUAUAUCUUUCUUUCUUUCAUUAAUUUUCUUUGGAGAGCUUUCUCAAUUCCUGUCUUUCUUUCUUUCUUUCUUUCUUUCUUUCUUUCUUUCUUUCUUUCAGAAGUCUUCCCUUUCUUUCUUUCAGAAGUCUUCCCUUUCUUUCUUUCUUUCUUUCUUUCUUUCUUUCUUUUUUUCUUUCUUUCAGAAGGUUUCCCUAUUUUUCUUUCUUUCUUUCUUUCUUUCUUUCAGCAAUCCUCAUUCUGUUUCUUUCUUUUUUCGUGAUUUUCAUUCCAAAAUUUCACGUCUUUCUUUUUUAUCUUUCUUCCAAUCAGAAAUCUUUCUUUCUUUCUUUCUUUCUUUCUUUCUUUCUUUCUUUCUUUCAGAAGUCUUCACUUUCUUUCUUUCUUUUAAUGCCUUCUUUCUUUCAGAAGGUUUCCCUAUUUUUCUUUCUUUCUUUCUUUCUUUCUUUCUUUCUUUCUUUCUUUCUUUCUUUCUUUCUUUAACAUUUCAGUAUAUCUUUCUUUCACCAAACUCCCUUAGAUUGAAUUUCUUUCUUUGUUUCUUUCUAAAUUAUUCCUCCCUUUUCAAAAAGUUAUCUACUUUCUUUUCUUUUUCUCAGAAAUUAUUUGCUCGAUUUCUUUUUUGUUCUAUUUUUCGGUUGCAAAUUUUCACAAAUCUUCGUUCUCUUUCUUUCUUUCUCUUUUCCCAAUUUCCCAAAAUUUCAUGCGUUUCUUUCUUUCUUUCUUUCUUUCUUUCUUUCUUUCUUUCUUUCUUCAAACAAUUACCCCUCCUUUUUUUCAAAAAGGGUAUCUUCUUUAUAUUUUUCAGAAAUUUUGCCUUUCUUUCUUUCUGCUUAAUUUUUAACUUCUCUUACCUAAGCGCCCAAUCUUUCCCUCUCUUUCUAGCGUAG